CGCAGUCCAUGUUUCUUUCCCGCCCUUUACCACGGCAUUAGCUGUCACUUCCUCACUUCGAAACAAGGAAAAAACCUCUCUAACCCACACUGUGUCGCCAUGGCCUCCGAUUCGUCUCCUACAAACUUCAACAAUGGUCCUUCCUCCCCGGAUGACUCCUACUCGAGCCCUAUUAACAACACUUUCUCCUCCCCGGCGUCGCGCCGCCGUCCCCGUCGAGGUCGAUCCUCCACACCUUCAGUAUUUGCCACCCCUACAUCUCACCGCAACCGGUUCUCCGGGACAGAAUCCACCCCAACCCCGGGCUCAUCCCGCCGCAGAUCUGCUGCUUCUCGCAGACCUCUUCCGCCAACUCCUUCCUCUACUGACGACGGUCCGCCACUCUCCUCCGAUGCCGGCGAUGAUGUCGGCAUGGACGAGACUACCCCAACCUUCGUCUGGGGGACAAACAUCAGCGUCCAAGACGUGAAGGAACAGAUACAUACGUUCUUGAGGCAUUUCAUGGAAAAUCGUAGGAGUCAGAGUCAAAUUCAAGAAUUCAGUGAAGUUUAUAGAGAGGGCAAGUAUAUGAGGGCAAUUCAGUUUGUGCUUGAGCUGGAGCAGGAGUGGCUUGAUGUUGAUGCCAACGAUGUGUUCGAUUACAAUACAGAUUUGUAUAACAAGAUGGUUCGGUACCCGCUUGAGGUCCUGGCUAUCUUCGAUAUUGUUUUGAUGGAUAUUGUGAGUGGGAUCAAUCCUUUGUUUGAGAAGCAUGUUCAAGUGAGGAUUUAUAAUCUCAAGAGCUCUACUUCAAUGAGAAAUCUCAACCCAUCAGACAUUGAGAAGAUGGUUUCACUGAAGGGAAUGAUCAUUCGGUGUAGUUCUAUAAUACCAGAGAUCAGGGAAGCAAUAUUUAGGUGUCUUGUCUGUGGGUACUAUUCUGAUCCCAUUGUUGUGGAUAGAGGGCGGAUUAGUGAACCUGCAACGUGCCUCAAGCAAGAAUGCCUUGCCAAGAACUCUAUGACUCUGGUUCACAACCGAUGUAGGUUUGCUGAUAAGCAGAUUGUAAGGCUCCAGGAAACACCUGAUGAAAUACCUGAAGGAGGGACGCCACACACAGUGAGUUUGUUGUUGCAUGACAAGCUGGUGGAUACUGGAAAGCCAGGUGACAGGGUUGUGAUCACUGGGAUCUACAGGGCUAUGAGUGUUAGAGUUGGACCAACACAGAGAACUGUAAAGUCAUUAUUCAAGACUUACAUUGAUUGCCUUCAUAUAAUGAAAACUGACAAGUCAAGAAUGCUGGUGGAUAAUUCCAUGGAAUUGGAUAAUGGCUCACGUAGAGUGGAGGAGGAUAUUUUGUUUGAUGAAGAUAAGGUGGCACAAUUGAAAGAGCUGUCAAAGCAACCUGAUAUAUAUGACAGACUAACCAGGUCAUUGGCACCAAACAUAUGGGAGCUGGAUGAUGUAAAAAGAGGUCUUCUUUGUCAGCUUUUUGGCGGGCAUGCUUUGAAGUUGGCAUCUGGUGCUAGUUUCCGUGGAGAUAUCAAUAUCCUUCUUGUUGGUGAUCCUGGAACUAGCAAGUCCCAGUUGCUACAAUAUAUACACAAGCUAUCUCACCGAGGUAUUUACACCAGCGGUAAAGGAAGCUCUGCUGUUGGCUUGACAGCUUAUGUGACGAAAGAUCCUGAAACAGGGGAAACUGUUCUGGAGAGUGGAGCGCUCGUAUUGAGUGACAGAGGCAUCUGCUGUAUUGAUGAAUUUGAUAAAAUGUCCGAAAAUGCAAGAAGCAUGUUACACGAGGUAAUGGAGCAACAAACUGUUUCAAUAGCAAAAGCUGGAAUCAUUGCUUCCCUUAAUGCUAGAACUUCAGUCUUGGCUUGCGCAAAUCCUAGUGGUUCACGUUACAAUCCUCGCUUAUCUGUGAUAGACAACAUACACCUUCCUCCAACCUUGUUGUCUAGGUUCGAUUUGAUUUACUUAAUUCUUGACAAGGCUGAUGAACAGACAGACAGGCGUCUUGCCAAGCAUAUUGUUUCACUGCACUUUGAGAAUCCUGAGGUUGCAGAACAGGAUGUUUUGGAUGUUGCUACACUCACUGCAUAUGUGAGCUAUGCCCGUAAGCAUGUUCAUCCAAAGUUAUCUGAUGAAGCUGCUGAAGAAUUAACUAGAGGAUAUGUUGAGAUGAGGAGGAGAGGAAAUUUCCCUGGCAGUGGUAAAAAGGUAAUAACAGCAACACCGAGGCAGAUUGAGAGUUUGAUACGCCUUAGUGAAGCGCUUGCUCGAAUUCGUUUUUCAGAAUGGGUUGAAAAAAGUGAUGUCUUGGAGGCGUUUCGGCUUCUGGAAGUUGCAAUGCAACAGUCAGCUACAGAUCACUCCACUGGUACUAUUGAUAUGGAUCUCAUUACCACCGGAGUUUCCGCAAGUGAAAGGAUGAGGCGGCAGAAUCUGUUAUCGGCAACGCGAAACGUGAUUCUGGAGAGGAUGCAACUUGGGGGACCCUCUAUGCGCUUGCUGGAGUUGUUGGAGGAGCUCAAGAAGCAAAGUUCCGGCGCGGAUGUUCAUCUUCAUGAUCUAAGAAAUGCAAUUACAACUCUUGCAAGCGAGGGACUUGUAGCUGUUCAAGGUGACAGUAUAAAAAGAAUGGAUUUGGUUUGACAGAGAGCAGCAGCUUAAUUAUUCAGCCUAACAUGUCAGUGGAAACUGCUGCACAAGUGAACAUCAGUCUUAACACUUUACCAGUUAGCUACCCCCCAAGCAUCUGGGCCAAAUGGCUAAUGAUGGUGUAUUAUCAUUUGAAGCAUUGAUUGCAUGAAUUUGUAAAUGUGCUUUGCAGAACCAUGAGUCUAUGUCAUCUUGUGAUGAUUUAGGGUUAGAAAAAGUUAUUCAUUGCUAGUUUGAGCUUAAACAAUCUAAUUAUAUAAAAACCAUAUCCGACAAGAGAUUGGGCCAUUGGUUCA